AGCUUUUACCGGCCGCAGAAAAGCGGCAACUUCAAUAUCAGAUGCUCAAUCUGUUCGGAUUAGAUCAUAGACCAAAGCCAAAGAGAAAAGAUUUGUUUUCAUCCGUUUACCUUCAAAAUUUGUAUCAAUCGUUUUUCAAUGAAGAAACGGCUAAUCUUAAUUUCGAUGAUUCUCAUCCUGUUAUCGUUGAAGGCGAAGUUUUAAGUAGACCAAGUGUUAAAGCUCUUAACGAGUCAGAUGUAAUUGUCAGCUUUGUUAGUAAAUUUCCAAUACAUGUGACGCAUGUUGGACAUGAUGAAGAGUCUGAUCUCUGGUUUGAUACAAGGGAAAUAGCUCCAGGCAGUAAAGUCUUAAGUGCUGAGUUACGACUGUUCCUAGGCGCAACUCGUUCUUCAACUGCAAUAUUUGAUCUCCUCAAGAUAGAUAUUGAUAUGAUCACUGAUCUUGAUAAUCAGCAAUCUCGCUUGAUAGAUUCUAAAACUUUUUCUUAUAAACAAGGCUGGCUAAUGUUUAAUAUCACUGGUGCCAUUCAAGAAUGGAUUGAUCAUCCUUUAAGCAAUCUUGGUCUUUAUGUGACUGUAUUCUCGCUAUCGACUGGCAAAGAGCUUGACCCAAAGGACAUUGGGCUAAGUGAUCCUAUUGAAGAUAAGCGACCUUUUGUUCUUGCUUUCUUCGAACGCCAAUCCCAUUUGCUACAUCGAAAAAAAAGAGAUACAAAAAGUAGUGAAGAAGUGACUACUCUUAAACCUCAUAAUCCUUAUUAUGAUUUUACGGAAUUCGUUUCAAGCCGCAGUUGCCAAAAAAAGAGCUUAUAUGUUAGCUUCAAAGAUCUCGGGUGGCAAGAUUGGAUAAUUGCCCCCGAUGGAUAUGCAGCAUUCUUUUGUGAUGGCGAAUGUUCUUUCCCACUCACUGCUCAAAUGAAUGCCACCAAUCAUGCCAUAGUUCAAACACUCGUUCAUACAAUGGACCCAAACAAAGUGCCUAAAGCUAAUUGUGCGCCCACCAAAUUGACUUCUAUUAUGGUUCUCUAUUUUGAUGAUAAUUCUAAUGUGAUCCUCAAAAAGUAUAGGAAUAUGGUCGUUAAAUCUUGUGGAUGCCAUUAAUUAAAUCAAAAUUAUUUAUUUUUAUAAAAAAAGUAACUUUAUGAAAGCAGUCAACUAUGUUUAUAUUAUAAAUUAUGAAUCUCAUCUCAAUUCAUGAAUAGUUGAUUUUGCUUCAAGUUAAUUUUCAUGAA